AGAUUUUCAAGAUCAAGCCCUUGGGGGAGCAACUAUUCCUUCCUCGGAUCAUGGAUUUCCGAAUGUGGUUGGGAUGGGGAUGGCUUGGCUUUCUUCCCUUCGGGGCGGCAGACACUUGGUGGACUUCGUCUGCACGCUACACCUACCUGAAGAUGAGCGGCAGUUACGAUGACAAGGUUUGCAAUGAGUGCAUCAUCGAGUUUGACGGGAACUUGAUUGUGGCAGGAGCUACGGGACCAGACGGCAUCACCUAUGAUAUAAAUCUGUUCGAUGGCUUCCUGGCGAAGAUUACGGAGCCGAUCACAGCGCCCAGCACUUGGAAUUGGCAAGACAUGACGCGCAAUGAUUGGAAGGUAGAAACGAGUGCGGGCUCUUACAGACAGAGCGAAUUCACGGGGAUGAGCAAGACCUCCAGCGAGAUCAUCGUGGUGGGCUUCACCUUCGGCGAUAUGGAGGACUUCGGAACCAACCUAGGCCCUCCCAGUAGUUUUCACACGUCCAGGGAGUACUCAGAUGCCGUCAUCAUGGCGUAUAAUACAGCAGGGGCUCUGCAGUGGGGACGGCAAGUGGGUACCAACACCGAUGAUAAGUUUACUGCCGUCUCAGUGAAUCCAUACAAUGAGAUCUAUGCGGCAGGGACCACAUGGGGGGAUGUAACAGGCGGCCCUUUAGGGGGUGACGAUAUCAUCAUAUACCGCUUUAGCUCAAGUGGGAGCGAUAUCAACAAGUACCAGUUGGGAACCGCUUCGAAUGAUUAUGUUUCGAGCCUGUGGCACCAUGGCAGUAUCUUGUACCUGGGAGGCAAGACCGAGGGUUCUUACGGGUCGCAUUCCAAUGCAGGCGAUUGGGAUCUUCUUCUCAUCAAGUUCAGCUCGGAUGUUCAGGAGACUUGGUCCGUUCAGCGGGGGAGCACAGCAGCCGACGAUUGCCAAGCCCUGCAUGUGCACUCAAACAGUGGGGAAGCCUAUGUGGUUGGCAACACUAAAGGCUCCAUAGAUGGUCAGACGUACUCGGGCGGCUUUGAUGUCUAUAUCAUGAAGUUCGACUACGAUGGAAACUGGAUGUGGACGCGUCAGCAUGGCGGCAGUCGCGAUGAGUACGUGCAUGGGGUCUAUGCAACGGAAUCCCGGCUCAUGAUGGCAGGCACAACCGACUGGGUCGAGGGUUUUGACGGCACCAGCCUUCUCGGUUAUAACGAUGCCUUCGUCGUGGAAUACACGCACGAGAAGGGUUCGUCGAAUCCGACAUGGGUCUCCACCCAGUUCAUUGGGAGUGACCGUAUUGAUGAGGGCAAAGGAUUCGUUGAGAGGAGCAACGGCGACAUCUACUUGGUCGGAGGCACAGAGUUUGACCCACAAGACGACAACCCAUACGGAGAGCUGGAUGUGUUUGUGCAGCUGCUAACCACCACUACGUCGACGCAGACAUCAACAAGCAUAACUGAGACAACGGUGUCAUCAACCAGCCAGACGCAAACCUCAUCAACGGCAACAUCGGUGACAGUUACCACAUCCACAAUAACCGCCACCACCUCAACAUCAAGCAGCCGAACCAGCAGUUCAACAACAUCAUCCACCGCGACAAGCACGACCACGACAAGCGUGACCACGACGACGUCCUCGUCUUCCACACAGACGCAGACGUCAAGUACAUCAAGUACUCAGACCAACACUACGUCGACACAGACUACUUCGACAGCCACAACCUACACUACAACUAGUACAACUGCUUCAUCAAGUUCAAGCACCACGGCAACGACAAGCAGCAGCACGAUUUCUGUAAGCACCACCUCAUCAACAUCGACAUCGUCCACCAGCAGGACCACAACAUCCACCACAGCAACUUCAAGCAGCAGUGUAUCCACGACGUCGUCCACGCAAAGCAGCUCCGCCACGACGACAUCAUCCAGCAGUAGCACAAGUACAUCCACAACUUCUUCCACGCAAAGCUCCAGCAGCAGCACAAGUACAUCCACAACGUCGUCAACACAAAGCAGCUCCACAACAACGAGUGCAUCCUCCACAUCAACGACCUUGUCCUCAACUAUCACGUCGACGACCUUGUCAUCAACUAUGACGUCGACGACCUUGUCAUCAACUAUGACGUCGGCGACCUUGUCAUCAACUAUGACGUCGUCGACCUGGUCUUCAACUCUGACGUCCACCUUGUCAUCAACAUCAACAACCACGUCUUCGACCGCGACCUCCCUCACAGUAAAUCCAAACUCGCCCACAGACGGGCUGACGACAACGGCCCCACCUGUUGUCCCUUGCAGCGGCGGUCUUCCCUCAGGUCCAGGUGUGGUGGCUGGUGAUUGUUCGGGCAAGGUUUCAGGAGAGACUUGCUCGGUCACUUGCGACACUGGCUUUGAGGGCGGCCCAGCACCGUACAGCUGCACAUUCUCAGGAAUCUUCACUGGCCCUGCGCUCUCCUGCUCGCCAGCUACGUGUCCAACCACAUCUCUGCCUGAAGGCUUGGACAUCAGCGACUGCAGCAGCACCGCGCUUGAGUCCUUCUGCUUCGUUCGCUGCCCCACGGGCUUCGUCACGGCCGAGUCCGUCUUCACCUGCUUGGCGAACGGAAGCUUCUCUGGAGUGGCUCCAACAUGUGAGCCGAUACAGUGCAGCCCUGACUCCUUGCCAGCGGACUCAAGUCUCAACGUCACGAGCUGCGUGGGCACCACGGCUGGCAACAGCUGCCAGGUGGGCUGCAAGUUCGGCUAUGACGGGCCAGCAAAGACCUACACUUGCCCAGACAGUGGCACCUUUCAGGGCACCGUGCCAAGCUGCGCGCGGAAGGAGUGCUCGGUGCCGAGCUCCUUGUCCACCAGCGCCUUCACAACGGACUGCGCGGGGAAGCUCCACGGGCAAACCUGCAUGGCCACGUGCACGGCCGGGCACUCGGGGGCUCCCAGCGAGUACCUCUGCGACAAUGGCCUGCUGAUCGGCCAGACGCCCAGCUGCGAGGCCUUGCCGUGCCAGCUCACGGGAAUUUACAUUGGGCUUGGGGUGAACACCUCCGGCUGCGAUGGCGCAACAACCGGGAGCCUGUGCAGCUUGCAGUGCGCAUUCGGAUACCAGGGCGUUGGAAACCCCACCAUGACUUGCCAAAGUGAUGGCACCUUCCUGCAGGGCAGCCCAACCUUCCAAUGUGAGGCGACGGUGUGCGGAAACCUCUCGGACUCUGCUACCUUCUCCUCUCCAGAGUUUGCGGACACCUGCCAAGAGAAGAGCUUCGGCCAGACCUGCUCUGUUAGUUGCCGGACAGGUUGGGACUUGCAGGGGGAUGCCACCAUGAUGCUGUGCUAUGACUCCUCCUCGGCCCCUGGCUAUGUGGAGGCGGACACUUUGGCCGCCAGCUCCGGGCCGACCUGUGUGGCGAGGGUCUGCACGGCGGGGCUGCCGAGUCUCCGCGGGGCCGACCAUGAUUGCAGCGGAAAGACCACGCUGCAGAAUUGCACCGUCCAGGCCGCCCUGGGAUUCACUGCCGUUGGCGGCUCCACCACUCUGCAGUGUGCAACGGAUGGAGAGUUCAAAGGAUCCCUGCCCAGCAUCGAAGCCGCCACCUGCCCCACUCCGUCUUUGGGCGCGGGUGUUGGCAGCACCUGCGAGAACAAGACCAUUGGCGCGGAGUGCUGGGCAUAUUGCGUGGCGGGCUACGCGGGCAGCCCUCAGCCCUACACCUGCGUGGCGAACAGCACCUUGGGUGUCGUCCGGGUGGAGCCGGUGCAGCAAGAAAUCCUCUGCAGCAGCGCCCGGCGCUUGACCUCUUCCAAUGCCGGCUGUGGCACCGCGGCAGUGGAGACGGUUGGCUUGCAGCUUGCGGAGUUCGAGCACAGUUGUUCGUCAAUGGCCCAUGCAGACGUGUGCAUCAGCCAUUGCAGCUUGGGCUGGGCCUUGACCGGCAAUGCUUCUGUCAUGUUGUGCCAAGAUGGAGUCCUGGAUGGGAACAUUCCGCAGUGUGACCCGGUGCCCUGCAUCUACAACUUACCAAACGCCAUCGGGGUGCAGCACAACUGCAGUGGCGUCGCCACUGGCGGUACCUGCGUAGCAGUGUGCGCAGCAGAGGGCUUCAGCUACGCGUUUGGUGGGGCAGAAACUUUUGAGUGCCUCCCCACGGGCGAGUUUCAAGGGCAAAGCCCAAGUUGUGUCCCAGCUGCAUGCCAGGACAUAACGCUGGCACCCCGCUUCGAACACCGCUGCCUCAACAUGGUCUAUGGAGACUCCUGCAGCGUCGCUUGUGCUGAGGGAUUCUCCCUGAUGGGCUCGGUGGCUCAGUACCAAUGUAUGGGCGCUGGCCAAAUCGAGGGUAUGGAACCUGUGUGCCUACCCAAGCAGUGCACCAACACCGUGCCUGCCACCCUGGACUCCAACUGCGAUGGCGUCACCACCGGCUCGAACUGUACCGUCAGCUGCGCACCAGGGAUGGUCCCCAACUCGGCACAACUCACCUGCCACGCCAUGGGCACCCUCAUCGGCUUGCUACCAAGUUGCGUCCCCGAGGUUUGUUCUUUGGAUGCAUCCCUCGAGACGCUGUCUCUUGCCAAUAAUUGCCAGGAUGUGCCGUUUGGAAGGACCUGCUCAGUUUUCUGCGCCGAGGGGUACAAGUUGACCUCAGGAACCUCCGGGGAGGUUUGGACCUGUGCUCUCACGGGCUCAGAGCUCGCAUUGGUGGGCACAUUGCCCAGCUGUGAGCCUCUCACAUGCCCCAUCGACCUGGUCUCCAGUCGGGCCUUGCAAGACAACUGCACAGAUUUGCCGGUGGGCAGCGCCUGCACGCAGACUUGCAGCCAGGGUUUUGCUGCCGCAUCUCCUGAGAAUUCCAGCGCUACCUUCACCUGCAUGGUGGACCUCAGCAUCAACGCAGGCCAGCGGCCACAGUGCCUGGCUGUGGAAUGCAACAGCACAACCAGCAUUCCAAAUGUGGAACACACCUGCAUGGGCAUCACCGCUGAAAGCACUUGCUAUGCCUUCUGCCGCCAAGGCUUCACCAGCACAGCUGGCGUGGUUCAGUGGACCUGCGCAGGUCCCGGCAGCACUGAGCCAGUGGUCGACGGCGACCUUCCAGCUGUCGACGGUUAUGCUCUCAAAGGAGUUGUUCCUGCAUGCGUGCCUGAGGUGUGCAACUACAACUUCCCCGUGGGAGACGAGUAUGUGCACAACUGCCAGAACAUCUCGACCGAUGACACUUGUGAGGUGAACUGCUCCUUUGGGUGGUUUGGCAACACAACUACCCUGUCCUGUGCUCCCAAUGGUGUCCUUUCUGGGGACCUGCCCAGCUGUUCGCCGGGCACGCUCGUACGGCUGAGUGGCUUCCUGGACCUCCAGUUGAGUCAAGGCCGGCGACUGCAAGGGGCGGCCUCGAGCUUUGCCAGCGACGUCGCGGCUCAAGAAGCCGUGGCUGCCGCCCUCGCCGGAGUGCUGGAUGUGGAGGUCGCCGUGCAGCUCAGCCUCUUCAUGGGAGACUCGGUGCGCGCGGAGUACACCGUGAGCCAGGCUUGGAGCUCGGCAGAUCUGGCCCGGAGCUGGGCGCAGACGGUUCAGAGCUCGGUGCAAUCCACAUCUCUGGAACAGGUGAAGGACGCGAUCAACGAGGAACUGGCAGGAACGGGCUUCCAGGUGGACUCGAUCUCGGCCUUUGAAGUCUCGAUCUCUGUUGCAGACGGAGUUCCGCAAGUCUUGUCUGUUGAGGAGGACCAACCAGUCAUCGUGCCAGUGAUCAUCGUUCUGGGGAGCCUCGCGAUUUUUGCGCUCAUGUGCUGCGGCGCAGCGUUCUAUUGUCGGAUGAAGGACCGAAAGCACGUUGAGACCCGAUCGGAAGCGGAAGGUGGGAUUCGCUUUGAGGAAAUCGUCGUGGCUGAGGAUCCGGAGGCGAAUGAGACUCGCCAGGCAGCUGUCGCCCCAGCCGAGUCGCUGGCGGCCGACCCCGACCAAAACCAGAUGGAUCUGGACAAUCAGGGUGUCCCUUCAGAGUCAACUGCCAGGCUGGAAGAGCUGAUGAUGGAGAAUGGUGUAAGCUUCCUCGACGACGAUCGGUUCAGCUUCUGAGCGAAGGCAAAGGCCUCGCAUUUGGCACGUUCAAGGUCAGGCUGUCGCCACGGCCGCUUGAGCCUGCAACCUCGGGGAGCGUGCAUCCAAAGGAUGGCCCACUUCCCGUACUCUCUGAUACUUGGAGACUUCAAUCCUAGCAUCUUCUAACAAGAGGAUGUGGGAUUCAUUGGACAAUGUUACUGGUAGUUUGUUGUUCAUUUGACGACACAUUUCCCCCAGCUUGCUCGCA